AUGCCGCAAAGGGAUAACUCUGGGGGCCGGGGGGCCAAUGACGACGACAAUGAGCGCCAGAUGGAUGACAAUCGGCCACUACCCUGGUGGCAGGAAUACCCCGGCAACCCCACUCCACUCGAGCCACCGUUAUGGGCAGUUAAUGCAACCCCCGUCAGUCGCGCUGACGAUAUUUACCCCGAUAUGGAGGGACCGGAUGGUCAGAGCCUCUGCAGGUACUGUCAAACAGUGCCGGCGGACCAAUGCCUCGAUUUCUACGCGUGCGAGUGUAGGGGCUCAUUGGGAAUGGUAUGUAUCGAUUGUUUGCGAGCAGUGGUGUUGAGCCGACAAAUGAAAACCUGUCCGGAGUGUUACACCCCUUACAGGUUUGUGAAUUACAUACGCGAGCCCAGGAGUUGGGGGUUAUUCUGGCGAUCCCUAUACCACGCGGCGAACCCCUUUGGUCGCAACCCCCUACUGAGCAUCGCCUACGCCAUAGCCAUUUUCUUGGUGUCUGUCGUGGUAUACAUGCUUAUGGGUAGACUACAUGUGCCGCACGGGUUGGUGUGGGCAGUGGUGGUGGUCAUCCUGUGCCUUAUUAUCGGCACCCGUGUGAUGGCCCGCAUGAACAGGUUGGUAGACAUCCGUCGUUAUGCGCAUACGUUUCCCACUGGCUAUGCCCUGUCCUCCCAUUCCCCUCAUAUACUACUCACUUACUCAUACACUACCCUCUUGAGCACCGGUACCCUCGUCAUCGACUAUUGAAUAUCAUAUAUAUAAAGGACUCCCAUAUCGACUCAACCACUCAAUACGUAACCAUCCGUUGGUCUAUCCGUUGGUCUCUUAUUGUUCGUCCUCUCAAAAGAUAUAACCUUUAAAUACAUAUAAAAGUCAGCGCCGACUGACUACCAGUCCACUCGUGUGAGCGCCUGUAUAUCCAGUGCAUAGCAUAUUGUUUUUUCAUCGCAAAUAAUUGUCUUUUGGGUCCAAAAGAUAUAUCACUUCAAGCGAUAAAUCAAACCCAAAAGCGACAGACGAUAGAGAAAAAAGUCUACCGUUUCUCGCCAUCACUACCACCGCUAUAAUAUCACUUGAAAUCCAUUUCCACUGAGCACUGGGAGCUUAAUAUCACACCGAACUCUAUACUCACCAUGAAUUCCACGCUAACUAAUUGUAUUGUAAUCAUAAUAUUCUGCAACAUAUGUCUGAACACAAUCGCCGCGCCGUUGGGUAAUUGGGCGAUGUUUGAGGAGGACCUACGACAACAGUUGCUGCCCUACCGGCGCGAUCAGCGGCUCCAGUCGGAUAAGUCGGUGAUCGAGUCACUCGUGAGGUCCCGACAGAAUCAGCUCCGGGCGGCCGACCGCAUACGGUUCCGGCGUAACGGUCUGGACGAGUCGUCGGACGUCGGCAAAAACGACUUGGAGUCAGCCCUCAAAUUACGGGAACGCCUAAUGCGAGCAUCCGAUGGCAUACGGUUCCGAAAACGUGAUAUUAAUUCCUAUAAUCAUUAAUAAAUCACUUAUUUAUCGUAUGAUUGGAUAAGAAUUUUAUUAUGAUUUAUAUUUUUAUCGAUUCAUAUGUAUGUAUAAAAUGAG